AUGGCAAUACUGCAUAGGUCGGGUGGAUAUGUGAAGAUUGGGAGAGGCCUCGUGUCAUGGUCCAUCUUGAAGGCAUGGUGCUCCCUUGAGAUGAUUCAUUCAUGCGUCAGAUCUAUCAAUCUGCUCACCAAAAUUAGUGACCGACAGCGGGGCACAAAAGUAUUGUAUGUUGGAGAGCUCAGAUUAUACAACUUCAGUCUGCUGACAAUUCAUACCGGCACCCAAAUUCUACGCCGGACGUUGACAUCUGGUCGCUUUGCUGUGUGUUCUCCAUGUCAAGAAGUUGGUUGGUUGAAGCUUAUAGAAGCCAUUAUGAGCGAGAUAGCAAGAGACCCAUGGAAACGCAAGAUUGUAGGUGGAGACUUGCUCCAUGAUGAAGAGGGUGUAAUUGAUGUAGUGAAGCAGUGGCAUCAACGUCUUCGAAUCACAACACGCCAAACAGGUCACAUCACGAAGGAUCUCUUGACAUUCAUCAAAGCCAAAUUUUAUUGGCAAAAUGCCGAAUAUCUGUUGACAUUCUCACGAGGAGCACGGGACAAGCAACUCCACCCGAAACAGGCAAUUUUGAUUACCACAUUACUAGAGAUCGAUGAAGUCGCCCCAGGGCUUCCAACGGGCCGUACUACGUACGAACGUACCGAGUUCGUGAGCCCCGUAACAGUUACGAUACGUACACCUACCUCUCCUCCUCCCUGUCGUACGAACGCACACAAAAUCUCACCCGUACAGGCCUCAAAAUCGCCCAAUCGUACAGUACUACGCCUCGUUGGAAGCCCUGGCCACACCAGCGGUAGUAAGCUUAAGGGUAAAAUAUGGCCAAAUUUGAACCAACUACGGCUACCGUACUACGGCCCGUUUAGCACGCUGAACUUAUCAUUACCGGAACUUCGGAAGCACUUGACCUUUUUUAGGCAUGGUGUCUCCAUAUCUUCAAUCUAUGUCGUCUAUGCACUAGAACGCAAGUUCACGGGAGAGAGCAAUGCCUUAUAUAUUCAUAUCAGGACUAUCUCAAUUAAGGUAAAGAAACCAGUCCACCUAUAUGGUAUGACUCUUCCACAUUGCUCUUUAAUUCAACCUCGGUGUAGUCAGUCCACCGUUCUAACCCGACUUCGAGGUCCGCCUGGGCAAUGGGAUAGAAAUGAUUCUAAAUUUAGACUACAGAGACCUUGGAAGUGCGGCAUUCCUGUUCGAGGUCUACGGAGAAUCUAUUAUAGUGUCCGCUUUCAAAUGGAUGGGCAUAUGACGAAACAAUCCGGUCUUACAAUGGGUAAUCAUGCAUUGGUUCCUAUUGUCGUAGUUUUCUUGUUACUACUUGCCACGAAAGUACGAGGCGCUCUCCAUAAUUGGAAAAUCAUUAGCUUUCGGGAGCCAUACCCGGCGCAAGUAGACGGAUCUCAGGAACGAACGACAGCGAAAUUCGCCGAACCAACAGGAAUUGGAGAUGUGAAGACUCCAAACGACAUGUUUCUUUUGUUUAGGACUUGCCAUUACGAGGUUACAUCAAAGGAAGCGGUGAAAGAGCCAAUCGCAAAACGGAAGCUGGACCGUGCAUCGGAGUUUGAGACCUUGACCUUCCUCAUCCAUUCCCCCUCCCUCACCUUUUUUCCCUUCUCCUCCAGACCACCCCAGAAUACCUAA